AUGUGCUUCUACCACGCCUACGCGCACCGCUGCGGCCACACAGAGAUGAUCUUCAUCCAGAUGUGUGCGGCGGCGCAAAUGAUACAGCGGAAGUGUCCGCGGGGUCAGGAGGGGGUGAUACUGACGACCGUCAAGGUGGAACAUCCGUGCAGUGGGUGUCCGAAGAAAGUAAGUUUGAUAUCUGCGCGAGAUGAUGCGGCAGAGGCUGACUGGGUGUAG